GUCGCCACGUUCCUUUGUCAUCGAAGUUUACCACGUUGCCGAAAAGAGAGGUUAGAACGUCGAAACUGGUUGAAAUGGAAAAGUUUCAAGCGACCUUUAUUUUGCCGAUAAAGGGAAGGAUUGGGGGAAAGAGAGCGUAAACAGAAAUAGGAGCCAAACUAGAUACAAGGGAAAUUCGACACUCCUUCCCCUCUUCGGUUCUCAGAAUUUUUCUUCACUUCCUUUCUUGAGAAGUAUUCAAAGCGAUUCAAAGCAUUAUUGGAACGUUAUUGUGGAGUUUGGACACACAUCGUGUUAAUACCGCGCCUGAAGAUUAGAUUAAAGUAAUAUUCUGUUCAGAAGAGACCCAAGAUCAGUAAAAAAUGGCGGACAAAGGAGGAGGUAAACCUCCGAGUGGGCGAGGCGCCUCGCUUUUAGAGUUGAUGAGGGCUCGAGGAGUCGGAGCUCAAGCAUCUCAGAGCGAGGCACAGAGUUCUCCUGCCAGAGUUCCAGGAACAAAUUCUCAGAGUGUGAGCACUGGUCGGGGCAGAGCUAGUAUCCUAGAACUAGUAAAACAGGCUCAGGGCGAUGCUCCACUGAUAGCUGCCCCACCGAUAGUUGCCCCAGCACCACAUAGCGUUGGUGCGGGAAGAGCAUCUAUUCUUCAACGGUUGGAACCACUCCCAAUACCUGGACCUUCCCACAGUAUUCCUGUGCCUUCUCAAAGUAUUCCUGUACCUUCUACGAGUGCAGCAGGUGUUGCUAAUAUUACAACAAGUUUGUCCGGGACUUCUAUAGGAAGGUCUCAAUCUCCCUCUAUACUUGGGACCGAACCUAUCUCACGACAUGGUGAAAGCGGUACACGCGUUCCCAUGUCUGCAAACUACAUUAACAUAGCAAUAGAUCCAGAGAAAGGAAUAUUUAUGUACGAGGUGCAAUACAAUCCUGACAUCGACUCACGUCCAUUGCGGAUAAAAUUACUGAAUCAGCACAUGGUUGCCCUCGGAGGAGUUAAAACGUUCGAUGGAGCGAUGCUUUACUUGCCAAUAAAACUACCACAAGAGCAAAUAACUUUUCAGUCGGAACAUCCCAUGGAUGGAUCCCUAGUGACUCUCACUGUAAUUUACAAAAGAAAACAGGAGCUCCGCGAGUGCAUACACUUUUUCAAUGUCCUGCUCGGAAGGCUCAUGAAUGCCCUCAGCUUGGUUCGCAUAGGUCGCCAAAAUUUUAACCCACGAUGCGCCCAUCCCAUUACGGCACAUCGGAUGGAACUGUGGCCAGGCUACGUCACAGCUAUAAAUGAGUAUGAAGGGGGCUUAAAAUUAUGCAUCGAUGCAACUCAUCGAGUCAUGCGCACUGACACUGUCAGAGAUCUGUUACACGAGCUGUACCAGAGGAAUCCUCAUACUUAUCGAGAUGCCAUUAUCCAAGAGAUCAUUGGUAUAACGGUUCUUACGAGAUACAAUAAUAGGACUUACCGAAUAGAUGACAUCUUUUGGGACCAAGAUCCCACCUAUAAAUUCCCAAAGAAGGACGGUACAAUGGUGUCUUUAAUAGAUUACUACAAGACCCAUUGGAAUCUUGAAAUCAGAGACAAGAAACAGCCUCUGUUGGUGCAUCGAGCCAAGAAAAAACUGUCUGACGGACAGACCAUGGAAGAGAUGGUUAUACUCUUGCCAGAGUUGUGCUACUGUGCCGGAUUGACCGACAGAAUUCGAUCUGACUUCCGCGUCAUGAGAGACGUGAUGGCAGUGACCAGGGUCAGUCCGGAGAGUCGUCAGAAAGUAAUUAGAGAUUUCGUCAGAGAUGUCAAGAGCACCGAAGUCACAAAGAACAUUCUCACUGACUGGGGUCUACAGCUCGAAGACGAUAUCAUUCAGUUUACUGGAAGAGUUCUGAACCCGGAGGAGAUUCGUUUUGGAGAAAACCAAACCUUCAAAGGCCAGAAUAGAGCAGAUUGGGGUGCACAAGUAGUUCGGAUGCCAAUGUUACGCACACCACACUUGAACAGAUGGUACGUCCUUUUCUGCCAGAAGGAUAGAAAAUACUGCGAGGAAUUUAUAAACACUCUAAGGAAGGUCGCUAGCAUCAUGAAAAUGAAUAUGGCCUAUCCGGAAGUCAUCAUGCUAAAAGACGAUCGAACUGAAAGCUAUAUCAGAGAACUUCGCAGAAACAUAAACUCUCAGGUGGAAAUGAUGAUGGCCAUAUGUCCAACUAAUCGAAAUGAUCGCUACGCAGCCAUUAAAAAACUAUGUUGUGUCGAGAUGCCGAUACCAUCCCAGGUUAUCAUUACCAAAACAAUAUCUGACCCGAAGAAGCUGAAAAGUGUGUCGGAGAAGGUCGCAUUGCAAAUGAAUUGCAAAUUAGGAGGAGCCCUUUGGGCCUUGAAGUUGCCUCUUGAUAAGUGCAUGAUCUGUGGAGUGGAUGUCUAUCACAGUGGAACGGACAGAAUGGCAAAAGGAAGUGUUGCAGCCUUCGUAGCAUCGAUGGACAAACCCUUGACAUCGUGGUACAACAAAAUCUGUAUUCAAGGACCAAAUCAGGAACUCAUAGAUCUACUCAAAGUGUGCUUGGUUUCAUCAGUCAACGAGUAUCGCAAGAAAAAUAAUUGUUACCCGGAUAGAAUAAUACUCUAUCGAGACGGGGUUGGAGACGGCCAGCUGGAGACAGUCGCGAAAUACGAAGUGAAACAACUCCGGAUGGCGUUCAGUUUAAUCGACCCGUCGUACGCUCCGAAGAUGAGCAUCGUCAUCGUGCAGAAGCGAAUAAACACUCGAUUGUUCUCAAUGAACGGGCGCAAGCUGGACAAUCCUCAGCCGGGGACCAUCGUUGACACCACCGUGACUCGUCGAUGUCUGUACGACUUUUUCCUGAUCUCUCAGCACGUCAGACAGGGAACCGUCUCUCCAACUCACUACAUCGUGAUAUACGACGGGGCCGAGAUGAAGCCGGAUUAUAUGCAACGACUGACGUUUAAGUUGUGCCACCUUUACUACAAUUGGCCCGGCACCAUCCGAGUGCCGGCGCCAUGUCAGUACGCUCACAAGCUCGCCUACCUGGUCGGCCAAAGCAUCCAAAUGGACCCCCACGAAUCUCUCGCGAACCAUCUCUAUUAUCUAUAAAAGAAACCGCAUAUCCACGUGCGUCGAGAUAGGCGCUGAGCUACACUCCAAAGUUCUUCCACGGUUAGAUAGUUCGAGAAACGCGAAUUUAAGCUCGACUCAUUGAGGAAGAUGAGUCGAAUUUAGGGAUCACGCGCUUCAAGGAGUUUGAGUAGUAUUAAGAGAAUCUGAGGUUCAGUAUUUAAGCGGACCAAUUUUUUGGGAAACUUCAAAUAUCUGCCCAUUCGAAUUGCGGUUCCCUGGAAGGCAGCAAAUUACAGUUAUCAUGUUUAGAUCGUGUCCGAGCAGAAACGCUUCGGUGGAUUAGUGUUAAAUUACUGCAUUUAUGUUAUUUUUUUAUUUUAUUUUCAACGAGCUUCCGACUUAAGCUUUUUUAAACGUCACGACUGACAGUGGGAGUAGUCUUGGCUAGUAAUUAGUAUUGUUCAUUUGUUGCCGAGAGCAAUUGCAUCUGAAUACUGAUGUCCGGACACCUGAGAUCAACUUUAGUAGUAAGACUGAAACGAUCAUUAUGAAACAAAAAAAUACCCGUAUUAACUCUUUUCCGCACUAAAUAAGUAUAACAAUUCUCUCGGGUUGAUGAAUCCUUCAAAAGGUAUAAUUGUACCAUACAAUGUGGUAUUUAAAAAUGGGUGCACUAGCUCUGUCGUUUUCAUUUACAUUGCACUAAUAUCUCCUGAAUAGAUUUCGUAUUAAUAUUAUAAAAAAACGAUGUAACGCGCUCCUCGCUACUAUUUUUUUUCUCCCUCUUGGCUUGAAGAAGUUUGGAAUUACUCUCGAAAAUUGCUCCCCUAUUCUCGACUUCUCCAAAUUUCAGGGACACGGAAUUGAAACUCGACCGCUGAGCCGAAAGAUUCUUGUGAGAUGUCCCGAGCCAAAGUACAAAACUCCUAGAAGAAUAUUUAAGUUAGCAUAUAUUAAUUCUAAGUUAUGUAGAGUUAACAUUCUAUGUGAAUUAUUGUUAUCGACGAAGGGUUUUCCCGACGUUUGAACCGCGUGGAAACAUAAGAUCGCCAUCGUUGAGACACUCGUCCUUUUUCAAUUUCUUACGAUUGAACUGAUGUGUAAAAGACUGCUCACUUUAUAAAUGCAUAUUUUGGGUCUA